CACGUGGUGUACCGCGGCCCCGAGGGCGAGACCACCGUAUGGGACGACGUCCAGCGUCGCUUCGGCAACAAGCCCCCGCUGCCCGAGAAGUUCGUCCCUCGCGCGUACGCCCCCGAGGAGGAUCGAGGGUUGAGAGCGGCGGUCGAGCGCGACGGGCGCGCGGGGGGCGUGGCCCACGUCGACGCCGCCGGAGGAACGGACGCGCUCGAGGCGAUGGAGGACGAGGACGCCUUCGCGGACGAUGGGUUCCUGGAGGAGUACAGGCGCAAGCGGCUGGAGGAGAUGAAGACGGCGGCGGCGAUCCCGAGGUUCGGCGCUGUCGUCGAGAUCACGCGAGACUCCUUCAUGGCCCACGUCACCGAUCCCUCGUCCGAGCACUACGUCCUGGUCCUGCUCCAUCGCCCCAACUGUCCGGAGUGCGAGCUGCUGAACGUCGCGUACCGUGAACUGGCGCGGAAGCACCCGUUCACCAAGUUCACCAGCAUACCGGGCAAGGAGUGCAUCCCGGGGUACCCCGAUCGAAACAUGCCCACGCUGUUGGUGUACAGGAACCGCGACCCGGUGCGAACGUUCAUGGGCCUGGGCCACUUCGGGGGCAGGCACAUGACGCCGGAGGGGUUGGAGCUGGCGUUGAACGAGUGCGGGAGGGUGUGCGCGGGCGCCAGGGGCGGCGAGGACGAA